GUUUAAAUUAGAAUAUUUUCAUAAAGAAUUACUAUAGAUCAAAUAAUAAAGAUUUUCUUUUUCUAUCUUAGAAUUUAAUUCUAGCUUCAACUUUAGUUGUUGAUGCAAAAAAUGGUCGUCAUUCAGAUUUUGAAAUGAAUGAUAAAAGUGUGAGAAUGUAUAUAAUAUAUCAUCAUAGUGGUCUUAGAUACCUACUUUACUUUUUCAUCUUAUUACAUCAUUUUGUAGCUGUAUUUGAAAAACCUGCUUUCAAAAGCUGGGAACUUCCAUAUUGGGUUACAAUGGCACUUGAGCUAGCAUGUCUUUCAUUUUACGUAUUUCGUCUUCUGCAUUUAGCUUCAUUUCUUCCUCUUGAUAAAUUUUGGCGUGAUAAGAAAAAUCUUCUUAUUUUAUCUGCAAUACUAUUAACAGGUAUAGAUAUGAUCUGUUAUGCUGUACUAGUGAAUGCUGGACAUUCUGAUAUUUCGGUUCGAUGGUCAAGACCACUUCGUCCUAUUUUUAUAAUAAACUUCAGUGAAAAUAAACAGGUAAGAAGAGCAUUUCGAAAUAUUAGGAGGACAUUGCCCGAUAUUCUGAAUGUUUUGAUCCUGUUCUUUUUAAGUAUAGGAUUAUUUUCACUUAUGGCUCAGAAAUUAUUUAAAAAAAG